ACCCCUUUGAAUUGUAAGUGCAGGCAUUCACUUGCUUUUGAUUGAUCAAUCAGUCCCUUUCUGUGGACCCCUUAGACAGUCUGCAGACCCCCAGGGGUCCAUAGACCACAGGUGGUAAACCACUGCUGUAGCACCGCGCACCAACUGCCUCUUGCUACAUGCAUGUGGAACCCCUUGCUUCAAGCAGCCUCCAUUUCCUGAGACCAGGCAGCUGCAGUACAUGUGCACUGUAUUUACGCUCCAGCAUGGGAGGUACAGUACCACCUGCUCCAGCCAGUGCCUCUGAAGAGGAGACAGUUAAGGACAAAGCGGACAAGCCCCCAGAAGAGCCAGUUAAGCCACCUGAGCCUCAGAGUGAAGAGAGUGACUUGGGUGAGGAAGAUAACUACUUGUUCAAAUCACUAACUUUUUUCACAGAAAUUGACAAUGAGGGAGUGAUUGAACCAGACAGUGAAGAGCCUCAAGAAAUGGGAGAUGAAAAUGUGGAGGUAACUGAAGAGAUGAUGGACCAGGCGAAUGAGAAGAAGAUGGAAGCCAUUAAUGCCCUUGGUGAAGGUGAACUUCAGCAAGCCAUUGACUUGUUCACAGCAGCUAUCAAGUUGAAUCCUCGUUUGGCCAUCUUGUAUGCUAAACGAGCUAGUGUUUUUGUGAAACUGCAGAAGCCAAAUGCUGCCAUUAGAGAUUGUGACAGAGCCAUUACCAUUAACCCAGAUUCAGCACAGACCUACAAGUGGCGGGGGAAAGCACACAGGCUUCUGGGUCACUGGGAGGAGGCUGCACAUGAUCUUGCUUUGGCGUGUAAACUGGAUUAUGAUGAAGAGGCUAGUGCCAUGUUAAAGGAGGUGCAGCCCAGAGCUCAGAAAAUUGCUGAGCACCGGAGGAAGUAUGAGCGAAAGCGAGAAGAAAAAGAAAUCAAGGAAAGGAUGGAGCGAGUAAAGAAGGCACGAGAAGAACAUGAGAGAGCACAGAGGGAGGAAGAAGCCCGGCGACAGGCAGGAGGAGCUCAAUUUGGUGGCUUCCCAGGUGGCUUUCCUGGAGGAAUGCCUGGAGGUAUGCCUGGGAUGGCAGGAAUGCCUGGUCUCAAUGAGAUUCUCAGUGACCCAGAGGUUCUCGCAGCUAUGCAGGAUCCAGAAGUUAUGGUUGCAUUCCAAGAUGUUGCCCAGAACCCAGCUAAUAUGUCAAAGUACCAAAAUAAUCCCAAGGUCAUGAAUCUCAUUGGCAAACUGUCAGCCAAAUUUGGAAGUAAACCAUAAAAUCUCUUAUACUAAAACCGUAUCUAAAUGAGAAAAAGGAUUGAUUACUUACCAGAAAUUGCAAUAACACAAACGAUUGUACCUCUCAUCUUCUCUAGAGAGAAGUGGGGUGUUUUAAAGAGAAUUACUCUCUUGUCUCCAAGCAUCACAUGUAUUGCAAUGAUUGGUUUACAGUUGCUCAAAUUUAUAUAAAAAUAAAAUACUUUCAAUUACCUCUGCCCAAGAGUUGCAGCAAGUAUUAAAAGCCAUCUCCUUCAAAUGAAGACUUACAAGAAAUUGUAAUCUUCCAGUAGAUAGUUUAAUUCAACCAAAACUGUUAACCUGGCUAUCCAAUGAGUAAAGAAAGAGGAACUUUAACUUUGGAGUCUGUAUUAUUCCUUUGGGACAAAAAGUUGGUCUAAUCAUAGGUAGGUAUGGUGGGACAAGUGUAAAGUGUUAACUGGAUGAAGGAACUAUCUACAGUUAUUGUUGCACAGAUCUUUUUAUUUCCUGUACGUGUGGAUGGGUGAUCAGCUGUAUAUAACUCUUCUAAAUCAAAACCAACCAGGGUGACCAGUAUAACUUUGGGUUAUACACUGGAACUUCUGGCAGUGCUGAAAAUGGCAGACCUUACCCACAACAUCCAUGCAGCAGAAGAAAAAUCUAUGUUUUUGAAUGGUCUGGUAUGCCCAGAUUGUGGCUGCUACCAAGACUUGGUUACUUGCUCUACUCCUGUCAAGCGCACUUACGUAGUGCUUUAUAUUGUCCAAGCAGGUAAGGGAGAGCACCACCUGCUCCUUUCUGUUCCUGAUUGGCAGAUCAUCAGUGGGUGCACUUGCUUUCUUUGAGGCAUUUCUUUGGAUUACAUCCACUUGAAAAUUGGAGGGAAGGAAACUUGUUCCCACUGCAGCCUGUGGCCCAUUAAAUGUGCAAGUCAUUAAGGGGACACAAAUGUAGAACUGUUUUGUUUAUCAGUUAUGGGGAAAGUAAACCCAAUAAUAGAGCAACUCUGGGUCUGAGUGCAUUUGACUCCUAAUAUGCCUACAGAAUUAAACUGAAUCUCUUGGCCAAAGUUUUCAGCUUUUUUCUUUUUUCAGUCCUCUUGUCAGUUAAAGUAGCUUUUCUUUUCCACUACCUAGUCUUCCAUCUUUAAUUUUGUCUUUUUUUUUUUUAAAUAUAAUGCUGUUCCAGUGGUCCCCAUGUAGAUUCAUGGUUUUGGGGCUUGGGAUAAGGAAAAGGUGGAGUAGUUGGCACAAAGAGGGCAUAUUUUUUAACAUUUUGUGAAUUUACAGCAUGGGUAUUCUUGGAACAGUGUGUCUUUGCUGAUGUGUUCAGUGGAUUUGUGACUAACACAAUAAAGACAUUUGCUGCUUC